AAACAUAAUUCGAGUACAAAUAUAAAACCCCUCACCGCCAAUCAAACAUUGCCGAUGACGCCAACAGCAUAAUAAGAUCAUCUUUCCUAUGGUCCUACGGAGAUGAAGAAAUUCAGACUGGGAGAUGAACAAAUUAAGAAUGGGAAUCUGGGAUGCUGAAGUGCUGAACCGCCUGAACGAAUUGAAGUCAACUCCCGCCUUCUAGCCACUCCCGUCGUUCGCCGUCUCGCCGUGUCCGAUUUCCUGGGAGUCUGUCGAAAAAGGAGGGAAAUUUCUCUAUUUAGCCGGCCCUGACCCUAGUUGACUCGUCCUAAACUCGCCCUCAUACAUUUGAUCCACCCGUGGUUUAAGAAGCAUCUCAUUCUCGGUAUGAAGGCCCUCAUUCUUGUUGGUGGAUUUGGCACUCGUCUGAGGCCAUUGACCCUCAGUGUCCCUAAGCCGCUUGUUGAAUUUGCCAACAAACCUAUGAUUUUGCAUCAGAUUGAGGCGCUUAAAGAUGUUGGAGUGACUGAAGUGGUUCUGGCUAUUAACUACCAGCCUGAGGUGAUGCUGAAUUUCUUGAAAGAUUUUGAAUCAAAGCUUGGUAUCAAGAUUACCUGUUCGCAAGAGACUGAACCGCUUGGGACCGCGGGUCCCCUUGCCCUGGCCAGGGACAAAUUGUUAGAUGAGUCCGGUGAGCCAUUUUUCGUUCUCAACAGUGAUGUCAUCAGUGAGUAUCCUUUCAAGGAGAUGAUUGAAUUUCACAAGGCGCAUGGAGGUGAGGCUUCGCUACUUGUAACCAAGGUUGAUGAACCUUCAAAGUAUGGUGUUGUGAUCAUGGAUAACUCGACCGGGAAUGUGGAGAGAUUCGUGGAGAAGCCAAAAACAUUUGUUGGUAAUAAGAUCAAUGCUGGGAUUUAUCUGCUUAACCCUUCAGUCUUGGACCGAAUUGAAUUAAAACCCACUUCCAUUGAGAAAGAGGUAUUCCCAAAAAUCGCAGCAGAGAAAAAGCUCUAUGCCAUGGUCCUUCCGGGCUUCUGGAUGGACAUCGGGCAACCAAAGGAUUACAUCACUGGGCUGAGACUUUACUUGGACUCUCUGAGGAAGAAAUCAUCACCCAAACUGGCUUCUGGACCCCACAUUCUCGGGAACGUGAUUGUGGACGAGACUGCCAAAGUUGGGGAGGGAUGCCUGAUCGGACCAGAUGUUGCAAUUGGGCCAGGCUGCACAAUCGAGUCGGGGGUCAGGCUAUCCCGCUGCACUGUCAUGCGUGGUGUCCGCAUCAAGAAGCAUGCUUGCAUUUCCAGCAGCAUAAUCGGUUGGCACUCCACGGUCGGGCAGUGGGCCCGUGUGGAGAACAUGACUAUUCUUGGGGAGGAUGUUCAUGUGUGUGAUGAGAUAUACAGUAACGGGGGCGUGGUUCUGCCACACAAAGAGAUCAAAUCAAGCAUACUGAAGCCAGAAAUAGUUAUGUGAGUAAUAGGGAGUCUCCCUGGGAACUUGUCUGUUCUUGGUCUGUCAUGUGGCUGUUCUCUUCUGUCUUUUUUUUCAAUGUAAUUCCCGUCCCAUGCUGAUUGCUUUCGUUCUUCAAAGUGUAAAAGUUCAAUCUGUCAGUUUGAAUUUGGGUGUCUAUAAAGCUUUAUUAUAGGCUUGGUGUCUCCGGCUAAAGCUUGAAACAUGAUUGCACCACUAUAAAUGGUGGAAUCUGCAUUGUACAUACAAUGGUAUUUUUUUUUUUGAGUGCAAAAUAAAUAAAUCAUUAUUAUAGUGCUUGAUCUCUUUAUCUUGAGUUUCAGGUUGAUUCUUGUAAAUGUUUAUUUUUUGCUG